CCACGUGACCCGCACCUUCUACGUGUACAGUAGUGAGAUUGAACCGAAACCGUCUCAGUUAAGCGGAGAACAGCCUCUCAAAUCUCCAAACCGAUGUGAAAUGUUACUCCCUGGAGUCUCUGGACUCCGACAUGGAUUUGGAAGAGGCUUUUCAGGCCGUAGGAGAGUUCGGCAGGUACCAGAAGCGGAUGGUCGGUGUUUUGGUCCUGCUUCAGAUCUACAUGGCAUGCCAGUCCAUGCUCAUCGUUCUGGUGGGCGCCGUUCCAGAGUACCAUGGAGAGCCCGUCACGGAGAGGGGCGGAGGUGAUCUGACCCAAAGCGUGACUUUUACAGAAGACUUUAGCUCCAUUGUGACUGAGUGGUAUCUGGUGAAGCAGCAGGCGUAUAAAGUGAGCCUUGCUGGAUCGCUUUUCUUCGCCGGGGUGCUGGUUGGGAACGUACUGUUCGGACCGCUGUCCGAUAAAAUCGGACGGAAACCAGUGUUCCUGAUGAGUUUGUUUUUCGAGUUGCUGUUUGCGUACGGCAGCGCUUUAGCACCAAACUAUGAGCUGUUUGCUCUGUCUCGGUUUCUGGUGGGGAUGAUGAACGGAGGGAUGGCUCUGGUCUGUUUCAUUCUUUCUCAGGAGUACGUGGGGAAGUCCUACUGGGCUCUAACAGGAACGCUGGCUAACAUGACGUUUGCGGUGGGCAUUGCUUUGUUCGCUGUUCUCGGGUACUUCAUCAGGCAUUGGCGUAACCUUGCAGCUGCAGCCAACAGUCCCGGAGUGCUGCUCUUCCUCCUCUGCAUCACCCUGCCGGAGUCUCCACGGUGGCUGUACUCUCGAGGGCGGAUGGGUCAGGCUGAGCGAGUGCUGCAGAAUUUCGCUGUAAGGAACGGCAAAGGUCGAGUCACUCUGAAACUCCGCCGCACGCCUGGCUCGCCUGGUGCUGAGACGCCCAGUCCGGGACUCUUCAUGCUGGCCACGCAUGCUGUACUGCGCUGCAGGACUAUGGUCCUCAUGUACGUUUGGUAUGCCUGUAGUCUGGUGUAUUAUGGGCUGACUAUGAAUGCGAGUGAGGAUAAAGGCAAUCGGUACCUCAGUGUGGCCAUGUACGGCCUGGUGGAGCUUCCCGCAUACCCACUUUGCAUAUACUUCAUCAAUAAGUCGUGGUCAGGAAGAAGGAAAUCGUUGGCCGGUUUUCUCAUCCUGGCUGGGCUGUGUUGUCUUCUCUCAAUGGCCGUACCAGUUCAGUCUGGCUCUGUGGCCAGUGGCAGUUCUCUGGCUCUGUUGGGAAAGCUGAUGGUCAGCGCUGCCUUCAACAUAGUUUACGUUUACACCUCAGAGCUCUACCCCACCGUCAUAAGGAACGCAGGGCUGGGCGUCUGUUCCAUGUCCUGUAGGGUUGGAGGCAUUCUGGCUCCAUUCGUGCCCAGCUUGAAAGUGCUGCAUGCCUCGAUGCCAUUCACGGUUUUCUGUCUGAUCGGAGUGACAGCGGGAGCGCUGGGACUUCUCCUUCCGGAAACGCUUAACAAACCCGUCGCUGAAACACUCGAGGAGCUCUCCGCACCUGCCUACCAGCGCAUCCUAGAGACACAGGUUCAUCUACUGGAGGAAGAGCACCUGUCGAAACGCAAAGGAUCUGGAAGUAAAUGAGCCUCAGACCUGUGUAGCUACAUACUCAUGGAAGUGUGGACGACUAAUUUUAUGCAUACAUGCAAUACAGUGUAAAAUUCAGAGA